GUGACUGGCCGGGUCUGGUGGUGAACGGUGGUAUGUCGUCGGGGCGGUCAAAGGCUCGCCGCUGAGUGCCGUGUGCUGGUCGGUGCCUCGUGCCUGCUCGUACCGUCAGGCGACGGGUGCAGGUGUGUAGAGUGCAGCGGCAGAUCGAUACCAGCCUCGGGUCGGGUCAGAAGGUCAAGCCGCGACUGACCUGGGGUCGCGGGUCGCCGUUGGCGGCGUCGAACCACGAUCAUCGGCGACAGCGUCGUCCCAUCAGCCUCUCCAGUCGCCCAACGGAACCAUGUUUUCUGAGAAGGAUUCAGUAGGGGGGCUGCACCUGACCUCCACGAGGAUCAUCAUGGAUGCUCAGAAGGAGCUACGAACAAAUGGCUGCGGCCGAGACCAAGUGGACCGGAUGGCUGUAGGCGACGUUUCCCAGAGGCUGAUGCAGGAGACGCACACCCUGAAGACGGCCAUCAAGAGCUCAGAGGUGGUGAAGCAGGCUGUGCGGAUGCUCUCUGAGGAUGAGCGCACCCCGCAGAAGCGACCCUCCUACGUCGGCAUCUCGUGCAGCGUCAGCGGCUACAGCCACCUGAGUCGGUACGGCGCGCUCUCCCACUCGCGAGACAGCUCACCGGCGCGCGGCCUCCGCUCGCUCAGCCGCGACUCGUCGCCGCCCGGCGGCGCUGGCGGCAGCCCGGCGCCGCUGGCCGAUGGCGCCACCGUCCCCAGUCCCAGCCGCGUCAGUCUGAUCAAACAGCAGCUCAGAGAGGGCGGUCGGCUGACGGACGAGCGCGGCCGCGACGGUCACAGACCGGCCCACCGCGCCGACCAGAUCCGUAGCAUCAGCGUGGACCGCGGCUACCUGCGCCGCUACCGGACAGAGAUGGCCAGCCUCCUGAACGGUGACUCCUCGCCGCCGGUCAGCGCCAGCACGCGGGCGCCGCGGCUGGACGCAAAGAACCGCUCGCCGAGCGCCACCACGCCGGAGCAGCCGGCCGGGUCGCGGACCGGUGACACGACACGCGCCGGCACAGAACGUAGCGCCACCGCCAGUGUGUCGCGCUCGUUCGUGCAGGCACGCAUCGAGCGCCUGUACGGGCCCGGCGCGCUGUGCUCCGGGUUCCGGCGCAACAUGAACCUGAACCGCUCGCUGCCGAGCCGGCCGACGCCGGGGGCCGGCGACUCGUCUCCGGCCGCCCCGUCGCCGUCGGGCCGUCCGGCGCCGCUGCAGCUGACGGUGGACACGGGCUCGGCGGCGGACCGGUCGGCGGCGCCGGCCAGUCCCGGCCUGCCCGUGUUCAGACACCUGCGGCCCGAGUUCCGGCAGCAGCUGGCCGUAAAGCCGGGCCGCGGCAGGGCCGACCGGGACCGGCCGCUGCCGCCGCCGGCCGACACCUCCCCCACGCUGACGGCCGUGCCGCCCAUCACGGCCGCCGACCCGCCGCUCAUCAGCGACACGGCGCCCGUCUCGCUGGGCUCCGAGGUCGAGCCGGCGCCCCAGCUCGACGGCGAGGAGGAGAAGCCCGGACACCGCUUCAUCAAGAUUUUGGACGCGGAAACGACGCGUAUAUUGGCACUGGCAACGAAAGCCGAGAACGACCUGAACUCGCAAACACUGACGCCCGAGAUCGAGGGCAAAGUGCGCGCCGCCAAGGGCAAGGCCAACCUGCUGAUCGCGCAAAAGUUCCAGCAGUUCCGCGGACUCUGCGAGAAAAACAUAAAGGCGCCGGCCGACGACCCGUUCCCGACGACCGGCGACGACCUGCAGGGCUUCUGGGACAUGGUGCUGAUCCAGGUGCACCACAUCGACGCCAUGAUGGCUGAGCUGGACGCCAUCCGAGCCAACAACUGGCGACUGCCUGAGGUGUCACCGCCGCGAGAGUCAUCACAGAGCGCCAGCAGCACGCCCAACAGCAAAGCGUCCAACGGCUCGCGGCGUUCGGCGCCCUCCGACCCGGCCAAGGCGGAGGCGGCGCGCGCCCGCUCCGCCGCCCGCAAGAAGAUGAUGGAACAGCGCCGCCGGCUCAUCGAACAGAAGCGGCGCGACGCCAAGGCCAACGGCGACUCGGGAGACGUCGAGAUCUUCGUGGCCGACGACAAGUGAGGGCCGGAGGCGGCGGCGGUCUGGCCAUGUGAUAGCUGUGUUCCCGGACGGCCGGAGACGCCGUCCAGUGGCGCGGCGCCACUCCAGACGCUCCCAUCGCCUCACUGUGCGCGACGGAGACAGGACUUUCACUCGAUCAAUUCCAGAUGACAGAGACACAAGCGUGCACUGUAGAAAUUGACAUUGUGUGUUGAUCGUCGUGUUUAAUUCUAUCUACUAAUAUGUACAGACCCAAGACAGGUGGUUGCUGGAGACGUUUUGUGUGCGAGGAUCUUUAUGGUGCUGCGUGGCUCCAAUAGCUAUGGCCGUGAACGUAUUGGGCGUAUGAGUUUUAAUUUAUUACCUUGAUGACCAGGUGUUGGAGCUACGUUUGCGCCUAUUGCUGCGGGCUCUGUCCCAGGCUGGCGGCUCGCCGAUCGGGGCUGGGUUGGAGGGGGAGGGGGUACCGGCAUCUAACGGUCGGGGGGCGGGGGGGGGGGGGGCAGGCGUCGCCGUCAGGUUGUCAGCUGAGAGAGAAGCCCGUUGUGCCCGGGCCCGUUGCGCCGCCUCGGCCCCGGCGACUGACGUAUAUACCGCCAGCUGCGCUGUUUUGGACUGUGUUGCCAAUCAGUCCGGUUGAGUCGUGCUUUUGACACGCCCCGCAUGCAGUGGUUAGAUAUUUACGUAGGAUAUAUUUUGCUACCAUGUUUUCUCUGUCUUGAAUAAAUGAAUUACUUUAACGGACAACA